AAAAAGGAAGAAGGUGGUGUGUCGGGCAGCACAGAGGGAAUUUUUUUUCUUUGUACGGGAGUUUGAACUCAUGACCUCAUGCUUGCUAGAUCCCUGGCCUAAAGAGGGAAGUUGUGAUAGGUGCGGGGGUAAGAACCUAAAAGAGAAACAAAGGGGCAGCUAAGGCACAGCGAGAGCGCUGAGCUGUCAAUAAUGAAGGGAGCUAAUAAGGCAAUGCCUAUCAGUGGGCAAAGGCGGGCGCUAGGAUCCGGCGUCUAGAAGAGUGCUUUAGGGCUGGCAGAACGCGCGUUUGCCUAGAGGCGUUGAGACGGUAGCAGAGGUGUUGGGCCUAGAUGCGCUGCAGGGAGGGGAAACGAAAGUACGCGGCAGUGUCUUUUUCCGGGCGUUCUCGCACCCCCACUUGUGUGGGUCCAAUGGUAAAGGCCGUGACGACACUGAUCUCUGAUUGGCUAGUGCUUGGCGGGGCGGGGCUAUGGGAGACACGCCCCUUUCAGGUCCGUUGGUCUUUCCCGCCAUGUCGUUCCUCGGGAGCACGGGCCAUCAGGGUCCGCGGAGUCGCCGACAGGGUAUCCGCGCCUCUGUCUCUCGGCCGUUGAAUUCCAUCUUCACUCAGGGAGAGAGUUGGGGUGAAGGUGAAGUCGACGAGGAGGGAGGCAGUGAUCAGGUGGCCCGCGACUUGCGGGCAGAGUUCUCGGCCGGUGCGUUGUCCGAGCCCAGAAGGGGUGGGCCGUUCCCACCUGGAGGACUUGGCUCGCCUGUCCUGCUGGACAAACGUAACGGCAUCUUCCCUGCGGCUGCGGGCAGCCGGACUCAGGCUCGGCGGUGGCCUAUCCAGAUUCUUUCUAUUCUCUGUUCCCUGCUGUUCGCCGUCUUCCUUGCUUUCCUGCUGGCCAUCGCGUACCUGGUCGUUAAAGAGUUGCAUGCUGAGAAUCUGAAAACUGAAGAUGUAGAUACUGGGCUGUUAGGAUUCUGGACUCUGCUUAUAAUAUCCCUAACUGCUGGGUUCUCGUGUUGUAGCUUUUCUUGGACAGUGACUUAUUUUGAUUCUUUUGAGCCAGGAAUGUUUCCUCCUACUCCACUUUCACCUGCCAGGUUCAAGAAACUGACUGGACAUUCUUUCCACAUGGGCUAUAGCAUGGCCAUUUUGAAUGGCAUUGUAGCUGCUCUUACUGUGGCAUGGUGCCUCAUGUAACCUGCACUGGAACAGUAUUGUUGGCAAAAGUCAUGACUGUUUUGCAAUAACAGAAAAUAACUUAGUUGCUUAUUCAGAAAACUAAGAAGAAACCAUGAUGUGGUUCAAAAAAUGUCAUAAUCAUCGUUAUGGAGGAUCUUUGAAGCAUCAUUCUAGAGUUUAAAUUUGGAAAUAUCUUAAGUAUUAAAUUUCAUGGACGUUAAAAAUUUUAAGAUGUGAUCGCAUCUUUUUGUGUCUAGAUCUUAUAAUUUAUUGAAAAUGUUUUAAAUCAAACUGGGAGACAAAUCAGACUUGGAAACAAAUAUAAGACAAUGUCUUUCCAUGUAUAUGCUACACUUUUGCUAAGAAAUCUUGAUAUUGUUUGGGGUAUAAAUAAUCUUAUUUAGACAUUUUAUUAGGAAAAUAACUACGACUAUUUUAUAAAGUCUACUUUUAAGUCAGAAUAGUUUUAUACCUAUAUACUCAAUAGAAGGUACAUUUACAUUUUAUAUGGGGCAUAGUUCUUUAUGUUUUUUUAACAUAUUUUCCUAUAUAUUGAAUUUAUAUGUUUUUAAAAUUAUGACAUUAGAUGAUUGUAAAUGUUUCUUAACUGGUGCAAACCUGAUCCCUGCCAUUUUUUCCAAGUAUUUUGUCUUUUUUUUUAAGCAAAAAACAUUGACAUAAGUUUAAAGUCAAAUUGGUUUUUUAACAGAAAUAGCUGAAAAAGAUAAGUUAUGUCAUUAAGAUACUGAGAAAUUCACGGUUGUUUACUAUUUUUCAUAAUUUUAAAUAUUUAUCUUGAUGUACAUAUGGUUACUUCAAUUUAUUUUGUUUUGAAUAAAUGAAACCUGAUGUUUUUAAUGUGUAAGAA